AGGGCUCUUAUCGUCAGUUGGACUGAAGGACUUUCUCAUUUCACAUUUCACAGCUGCUAUAGGACUGAGAUAUUAAGUUGAAUUUCAAAGAAUUUCAAAGUGAUACUUGGUGUGAAAAACAGGAAAUAUUUCCGUGGCUGUAAUUUUACAGGACAGAAGCUGCAGCCUCUGCAGGCUCCUAACUGCUCAAGAUGUUUAAAAAAAUCCUGCAAUAUGUUCGUACUGAAAAAAUCGGUACCCCUGCGACAGUCAUCGGGAUGGUCAGCAUGACUUUAUUUAUGCGGAGUAUGAUGUGCGCUUGCAAAGGGCGCACUUUUGAAUGCAAUGAAAUUAUCAUCGUGCCUGUUUUUUUAAUAUUUUUCCUGAUGCUCCUGAUGGACCAGACAUUUCGGAGCACAGCAAAACAUGCAUCCACGUUUUUAUGCCUUGUAGUCAAGCGCGUAAUCAGAGCGUUUCUAAUCAGUCUGCUGUGGAUUGUAGCAUUGUUGAUUUUCACAGACUGGUAUGGUUGCUGUAACACUGAUGAAAACACGAACAAGCUGUUCUGCAAACCUUGGGGCGUCACAACUGAAGAAGAAGCUCAAAAAACUGAAGUGCAAAUCAAGUCCAAGCUUACUGGUUACUCUCUGCUCCUGGGCAUGACUGUUGUCGCUUUCUUCAUGACUUGGAGUGGGUGGAGAAAAUGGUUUGUAAAAAAAUUCAGUUGUUGCAACAAGAAAACGUUUUACUACAAACUGAUUUUGGAAGAAGAGAAAAAAGUUCUGGAGGAGCUUUUGAGGAAAGAAGCAAAUGAGACUUUGACUAAAGAAAUCAUGAGCAACAUAAAAAGGAAAGACUGGGACGGCUGUUUUAAUGUUGCUCAACAAAUGAUCAAUAAAGCAAAACAUCAAAAACCAGAAGCAACCAACCAGCAGGUCAACUGGAUCAGUGAGGGGAGCUCCAACAGAGGGGGACAGCAUCAUCAAGCAGCAGCACAUCAGCAGGCACAAAACUAUGAACUUGAUGCUGUGGCACAAGAAAACAAAGACACCAUGCCGUUAUUUGACGAAUCCGCCUAAAAGAACAUCAAGUGAUGCAGCUCCAGAAACAACGCAAGUGACCACAGACAAGUUAUAUACCUUGUCAGGCGACGUGAGGUCUAGAGAGAGAGAGGUCGGAUAAAAGGUCUUACAGAUUCAUCCAUAUCCAUUUGUAAUCACAUAAGGCUGGAUAUUAAGAGUUUUUGGAAAGGGAAGCAGGAGACUGUUGUUGUAGAGUGGAUUGAGGAGAAAGGAGACUGAAGCUGUUCAGUUGCAAACAGAGAGUUCAGUUCCUUGCAAAACAAACAAGUUUAAAACAAGACAAAAAAAAGAAGAAAAAAGUUUAAAUGUUCUGUUCUAAAUCUGUUGUGUUCUACAAAUUAAUUUGAGAAUUGUAGGAAAAGACACGGUGAACUCUUUUUUUUGUUUUGUUUUUUUGUUUUUUUUAAAUCCUAUGCCAACUCUAUUUAGCUUUGUAAAUAUUGGCUAUAUUGUAUGGAGACGUCUUACUUUACUAUUACUUUAUUUUGCAAAUCUAUUUGAAUUAGGCUAUCCAAUUAAGAUUAAUUUUAUGUUGUUUGUUGUAAAGAUCUGGAUGGAUGUUUUACUUUAUUCUUCAUUUUAAUUGUUUUUAUUCUGUUUUUCAGUUUUAUUUUUCAAGACUUGGUGAAUUGACUUUUAUUUAUAUAGCUUGGCCUACACUUUUUAGUAUGUUGGCAACAAUCAGAAGUGUUAUUGUUAGGAUCGAAUAUAGGCCAUCUAAUUUAGGUAAAUAAAUUUUUUUUAGUUGUUAUAAUCUAAUGAGGAAUAUUUUAUUUUAUUUUUUGUUGUGUUGUUUUUCAGUUUCCCCCCUGAGGGAUUGCCCCCUUGACAUGGUCAGGGGAGUUUGCGUGCCUCAGUGACCCUAAGAGCUAGACCAGCAGAAGCUUAGUCUUCAGGUGGGACACCAACGUUGAUCAGGUCUUAGGGUAGAGGCCUGACAAAGUGCAAUCCAAUUACAUGACAAAAACAGUUAUCCUGUGUGUGUGUGUGUGUGUGUGUGUGUGUGUGUGUGUGUGUGUGUGUGUGUGUGUGUGUGAUUUGAGUGUAUAUGAUUUUACUCAGUCAGUAUCCAGUUCAGUCAGCUCCUGGGCAUUUUUGUGAGGGUAAUUUCAUGUCAUUAUUAAAAUGUGAAGUAAAGGAAAAGCAUCAGGAAAGUUAUUUAAAUAACACAUUAAAAAGCAUCAGCUGCUGACCAAAGAGUUGUAUUUAUAAAAUCAUGAAAACAGAACAAAGUAAAAUUACCAUAUGUGACAGGAUUGUGAUGCAGCAGCGACCUCGAGUGGCCUCUGUCUGAAAACAGGUUCCCCAAGUUCCUCCUUCCUCACUUACAGCAGCUUUUAAAGUGCACUAACAACCUUUCACUUUUUCUUAACACAUUUGAUUGUAUUGAAGGUUUAAAUGCCAUGAAUAAGAAUUUUCCUAAACAUUUUAUUUUUGCCACAAUAUUUUUUCCAUUUGAUAUCACAAAAUGCUAAAUGCAAAAAAG